GUUAAUGAUAAGGAGAAAUUUUAUCACAAAAUGUAUAAUACCGCAUCAAGAGAGAUGCGAUAUAAAUAUUUACCUUACAAGGCUAUGUACCUUAAAAAUAAUACUAGUAUUAGAAUGUAUUCAUCAUUAUCGCACAUAGAUGAAACCGGUAAAGCGAGUAUGGUAGAUGUCGGAUGGAAGAACGAUAGUAAACGUGCGGCAGUAGCGAGGGGAUUCAUCAAGGUAGGUCCUAUUAUCAGUAGUCUGAUUGCGGAGAACAAUGUGAAGAAAGGCGACGUGUUAUCAGUGGCCCAAUUGGCCGGUAUAAUGGCAGCAAAACGUACCUCUGAUCUUAUCCCCCUAUGUCAUCCGCUCGCCUUGUCUUAUGUAAACUUACAUCUAAGAUUGAAUGAGGAGUCGCACAGUGUGGAAAUUAUAUCAGAGGUCAGAUGUAACGGUAAGACGGGUGUCGAAAUGGAAGCUUUAACCGCUGUGAGUAUAGCGGCACUUACAAUCUACGACAUGUGCAAAUAUGCAGCUACUCCUGGUGUAAUGCAAAUACAUGGUAUAGAAUUGAUAUCGAAAACGGGUGGUACAAAGGGUGAUUUUGUAAUAGACAAAGUGUAAAAGUUUUCUUCCUCUCAUCGAUUGCAUGAAGAUUCAUUUUGCCAGUUUCUAACAAUGUUCUAAAUAAUGUAGAAUAGUAUGUAUAGAAAAUGUGUAUCAAAAAACAGAAAGAUAUGUAUAAAGGAGUUAUUAUAAAUAUUUAAAUUGUU